AUGUUAGAACUUCUGGAAUUGUGUGUGGACAAGCUCAUGGACCAGGGGAGCCCUGCCCUUGACACGAUCAAGAAGCGAGCCUACUUUGACAUGAAUUACAAGUCUCGACGUGAGUUCCUUGAGGAUCACCAGCAGACCCAUUUCACAGCUCCAGCAAAGUAUUGGUCAGGUUUUCAGGAUGAGAUGGUGCUGUUGAGCAGCCUCAGUAACAUGAUGGUGAACCUGCAGCCCUUCGUGGUUGCUUAGUCCCAGCUCUUCCCUGAUGUUCAGUUGGAGGACAUACUGGUGUCGGAGAUCAAGAACGACGAGAAGAAAAUGAAGGAGUCUUCAGGUAACAUAUUGACCCCCUUUGAGAUCAAAACACAAGAGUAGCUCUUGCCUGAGAUAACAGCUGAAUUUGACAAAUUACCACUGCAAUACAAGGGAAUUUGUGGUUAUACACUAUUCAAAAGAAGUGACUAUGUUUUUUCAUGCAACCCAAGCAUAGGAGUCCUGAAACAUAGGGAGAAAUACUAUGUUUUCAGCUCCAAGGAGGCAUGUUUAAGAUUUGGAUCCAAACCAGAUGAGUACAUAGCCCGUGUGGCAGAGAAAGCAAAGCGGUCCCCUGAGCUUAUCCAGCUCCUCCAACUGCGUGUCACUCCACAUUCUGAGAUCCAGUCAGGGGAGAGACUGUUGGACAGCAGCACUCAGGUGGACACUUAUUUGUUGUAAACCAACAUUGUGAACUCAUACGAGUGGAAUGAGUGGGAGCUGAGGAGAAAAGCAAUCAAAUUGGUCAACAAUCUUCAUAGUAAAGUAGCCCACUCAAUGCAGGCUAAUCUAAUUCACACGAGGAGGGAUAAUGUCACCCAAACCUACCUCCCCGAAGAUGGUGCGUGCCAGUGCAAGAGGGAUAGCAAGAGCAACGCCCCCAAACCUAAUUUUCCACCGCUGAAUAGUGGUAUAUAG